UCUGGCUUUGAGGAAGGCUUUCUUAUAAAGCAACAAACUAUUUCUCCAGGCCCUGCAGGUCUGUCCUCAGGGUGUGUGCCGCGUUACGGAGGGAAUCUUCCUUUUUACAUCUCUAUUAAAUAUUUACUCUGCUGCUGUGCAUGAUGGAUGUCAGCUUUUCUUUUACAGAUAUGAACGUGGUAAUAACUGUUCUCCCUCCCAAUAAAGAAUAAACCUGCAGGCCUAUGCGAGCUUAUAAUGAUGUUCUUAGUUUAUACACGGGCAAAGCUUACUUACAGCAUGUGUUUGUAUGUAAAUAUAAUUACACUGUAAUUUUACAGAAAAUCUAAACAUGUAAUGAUGCCAUAGACUGUGUUACUACAUGUUCCUGACACGUCUGUAAUGCUGAGCGGUCCAUGCAGAACUAUAUUAAAGCUGAGAGUCUGAACGUCACUGAUGGUCUGAGAGUCAUCUGAGGUGAAACAAAACUAUAAACAAUAAAUCAUGUGUAAUGCUGCUAUGACAGUUUUAACCCCCGAUAGCACGAGAGGAACCACAACAGGAAACCGACACAACAGAUAAUACAAAAAUUAUUUUUAUCAGCAAACACACACACACACAGCCUUUAAUCUUACAGCAGUGACCCCCAAAUGUUAUGAAGCUCUGUCUCCAAAGGAGGUAUAAAUAAGGUUCAGUGUGAAUAAAGGGGACGUGACGGGGUCUUCAGUAGAAAAAUGGAAAAAUUCAGCCUUUCAUUUUUUAUCAUAGUGUGAGAGGAAGCUGAGAUGAAGAGCGGACGUCACAGUAAUGUGUGCUGGGCCAGACACACACACACGCACGCACGCACACACACACACACACACACACACACACACACAGAGAGGGCAGGGUAAAGAGGAAGGCUCACACUGGGGUUUCUCACUGCUUCGUAUUUCUCUUUAAUCGCAGCGUUUAGUGUUUGUUGGAUCAUCGCCCUCGUCAUCCUCGUCCUCAGCUGUGCAGCCUCAGCAGCCGGCUUCAUCAUCCGCCACCACACCUGUGAGUCUUCUGAUCGGAGCUUUUGCUGUAGCGCUGACUUGGACAGUCAGAAGACUCUGACUCUGAAGACUGUUUCAACGUUUCAGGCUGGAAACAGAGGCUGAAGCUCAGAGGUGGCACUUUGAACCUUCAGUCUACUCUGCAAAGAAUUUGAUGUCAUACACCACGAAGAUAUUCAACCAAUCAUACACCACGGGGAUGUUCAACCAGUCAUACAACCAAACCAAAGAUGAAGAAGAAAACUACGAUUAUGAUGGGUUUUGUCAGUUUCAAAAAAACCAGAGUAUGGCGAAGGUGAUUGGCCCGUAUGUCCACUCCAUCAUCUGCAUCCUAGGCUUUGUGGGGAACAGCCUGGUCAUUGUCACCUACGCCUUCUACAAGAGGACCAAGUCCAUGACUGACAUCUACUUGUUCAACGUGGCCAUCGCCGACCUGCUGUUUGUGCUGGCACUACCAUUCAUUGUCUACAACGAGCUGUGGUCAUGGCCGAUGGGGCAGGUGGCCUGCAAGCUGCUGCGUGGCUCCUACAGUGUGAACCUGUACAGUGGCAUGCUGCUGCUUGCUUGCAUCAGCACUGACCGCUACAUCGCCAUCGUCCAGGCUCGGCGCAGCUUCAGACUGCGCUCGCUGUCAUACAGCCGCAUUAUCUCCGCCAUUGUCUGGAUCUUUGCUAUACUCGUGUCAGUCCCCACCUUCUACUUCUACGACUGGUACAAGCCAUCACACAUGACUGGAAUCAUAUUCGACGAUGAUAUCUCAAUCCAGAUGCUGAACUCAACCUCUGAGUACGUCUGCGAGUUCAAGUUUGAAGACCCAAAAACAGCCAAAGAGGUGAAGGUAGCUGUCCCCAGCACCCAGAUCAGCGUGGGUUUCUUUUUGCCACUCUUCAUCAUGAUCUUCUGCUACAGUGCCAUUAUCGUCACCCUCCUGAAGGCCAAAAACUUCCAGCGGCACAGAGCGGUGCGGGUGGUGCUGGUGGUUGUGGCCGUUUUCAUCAUCUGCCACCUGCCCUACAACAUAGUGCUGCUGUACGACACGGUCACCUUGUUUCAAGAACGCUCGUGUGAUGAUGCAGAAACAUUGGAGAUGGCCCUGAAGGUGUUGCAGACCAUUGCUUACAUGCACUGUUGCCUGAACCCGGUGUUGUACGCCUUCGUGGGAGUGAACUUCAGGAACCACUUCAGGAGGAUCUUCAGGGACCUGUGGUGUCUUGGAAAGAAGUACAUGGCCCCACGCCGCUUCUCCAGAGUCACCUCCGACUUCUACAUGUCCUCCACUCGACGCUCAAUGGACGGGUCCAGCAACAGUGGUGCUUCUUUCACCAUGUGAAGACAUUCGUGGGUUGAUCUCUGAAGCUCCAGGUCUCUAACACCGAAACUGACCCACUUCUGUCACACCGAUAAGAUUCUUAAAAUCCAGAGAAAAAUAUUUAGAAGCUAAAGAGUUCUAACCCCAUGCUACACCUCUUGUUCUACUUCAUUAUUUUAAUCAUGAAAUAUUCCAACUCCUGCAUUUUCUUUUUGUGUGUGAUUAUUUUGUGAGUGAUGACUGAAGACGAGUCUCCCACAGAGCCUCCUGCUGUCUUUACUACACAAAUGAAGCCCAGAGCUCAUCAUUUCCUGCACCUGCAGAUGAUGAGCUCUAAGCGAGGAUAAAAAAUGACCUUGGAAGAGCUGACUGAUGUGUUCCUGAAAAGACUGAUGGCGACUCGAAACUUCGUGUCCUCUGAAGGUCUCAGAAAGGAUACUGAAACAGGCUCUGAUGUUCAAUCCUGCACAGCUGAAAUAUUCCUGUGCUAAAAUAGCCAUGUGACCUGCACAGGCAGCAAUAAUUAGCUGCCUCUCCAGUGAGUCCCUCCUCCCACAACUUUCAUGCCCACUGGUCCUGGUUCUGCUCAUAAUCCAGUUCUUCACCUGCUGCACCAUUUGGUUAGAAAGACCCUCCAGAACAGAACCAGAACUAAAGCCACCCCAAUCGCACCAUCAGUACCAAAAACCCCGACACAAGCACAUGAAUUUUCAAAUUAAGAGCAAGGGGGAUUGUCCAAUCCCCAACACACCUGAUCAGCUCAUUGUAGUAAACUUGCCCUCAGACCAGCACCUUCAAACUCCAUUUGGUCUCCUAAACAUCAUCAGAGUCGAAACCAACAUGUUUGGUGACAAUGUCUGUGAUUGCUUUGUGAAAGCUUUUAAAGAGCUGUUUUUACUGGAAUCAUUGCCAGCUGCCGCCCAUGAAUGAACCUUGACCCGUUAGAAGGUUACUCACCAGACUAACUGGACAUUGACCAUUAAAACCUACCAACAAACAACAGCUGAUAGGCUCCACCAUCCACAUGAGACUGCAGGCAUGUUUUGAAUCCUUUUUUUAACAUUUUGUACUUAAGAAUGUAUUUUUUUUAUGUUUAUUUUCUGUUUGUCAUUUCAUUCAUUCAGCUGUGCAAUUAGUCUGCAUUGAUGUGAAUGUGUAAUCCUAAUCUGCUUCUGGGUGAUUUCCAGGAUUAAGAAUUGAAACUUUUCAGAGAUUUUCACAUCCUCAUUUAAACCCUGGUGAAAUUCAGUUUUUCAGUUUUAAUUUUGUCUCAAGGCACAUACAUUUAGAAAACUCGGCUUUUCUUCAUAUCGAACUCUUAUUUGUUGUGAUUCCUCUCAUUCUUUUUUUAAAAUUCUUGUUCAUACCUGUGUUUAUUAUUGUGACAGUGAAUGUAUCCUUUGAAUGUAAUAUUACAGCUGAGCUGUCAGAUUUGUGCCUUUCAAAAUAAAUGCAGUUUAUUUCAUCUAUAGCUAUGGGUCCGAGUAUUUGUUUUAACGUCUCUGUCAUUCUAUGGCUAAACACUAGGUGGUGCCUUUUCCAGAACUUUAACGGGAUUUAAACCUCUGGAGUGUAAAGGGCAUUUACUGAUUUCCUUUUAAAGGAGUAUUUUCUUUGUUGUACUCAGCUGAGUUAUGGCAUGUCUUCGAUGUUCAGACUCUUUGCAGAGUGUUACGGCCCUAGCUGGGCCUCCUGAUACUGCCCUUGUGUGGGCGUGGUGUUUUUCUCCACCUCCUCCUCUUUUGCUCCACCCCCCUGUCUCUCUCUUGCUCUCUCUCUCCCCAGGACACAGCUGCUGCUCAUUGGACUCACUUACCACCUGGGCCCAGUCAGCAAUCACCUCUCUGAGGUCAUAUAAGCUGGGGAUGAGCUGUGAGCAGGGUGUGGGGUGUCUCUGCUUGGUGUGUAGGUAGCCUGCCUGAAGUGUGGAGUUGUGGAAUUGUGGAAGCAGUAUAGCUGCUUUACGUGAGUAGUGUGGGCUUGUGGGCCUUGGCAGCAGUAAAGCCAGCUGCUGUUAGUGACAGGGUGAGCUUGUGGGCCCCUGGAAGUGCCUCCUCGUGGUGUGGAGUUUUUGUUUGGUUGUUGUGUUCUUUGUUGUUGCAACCUUUUUUUCCUUUUUUCGGCAUGUUAUUGGUAAUACGGCGUUGCCGGCUCCUUAUG